AUGAGUGUUGUUAAACCUGCCAGGUAAGCUGUGUUCAUUCAGACCAGAACCAUGGCAGCAGUUGGGGUGCUGCUUGUGUUGCUGCAGAUUGUGUUGCUGAGUGAAGGUUCUUCAUUAGAUGGACCCAAAAAUCUGAGAGCUGGUGACGAGCUGCAGGUUAAACGGCAAGGCCUGUUCCCAAGUGACUCUGCUCUGAAGAAGCUGUUUUCUGUCCUGGAGAAAGGGGCCAAAGUUCCACUCCCCAAAGUAAAAAGGGAAACAAAUGUGACUCUUCUACAAUGUCGCAACUCUACUGCUGCUGCAUGCAGUGUGGUCAACGGCCCCAUGACGUUCCCGACGUGGCCCCCUAGCCCCAGGCCCAUGACGUUCCCGACGUGGCCCCCUAGCCCCAGGCCCAUGACGUUCCCGACGUGGCCCCCUAGCCCCAGGCCCAUGACGUUCCCGACGUGGCCCCCUAGCCCCAGGCCCAUGACGUUCCCGACGUGGCCCCCUAGCCCUGGGCCCAGGUUGCAGAAAUAAAGAUUCCCCUCACUGAUCCAGUCAUGGGCUCAUUACUGUUUAAAUGUUUGGUUUAAUUUAGUAUCAUUGUGUUAUUGUGAACUAUUUGUGGCAUCAACAGCCAAUGUUGGGUCUUGAUCAGAUAUUGGUCAUGGAUAUUAUUGAAUGGUGCAAGGCCUGUUUUUUAGAUUUCUAAGUGAGUGGAAAAUAAGUUUUCACUAGUGCCAUUUUGGACGUGUCACACCCAGACAAUCAAGAGUGAGGAGGUGCUGCUAAAGGCGAGACUAAUUUAACUAGCUGAGCCAACUCCUGAAACAAGACUAUGCUCAAAGGCAGUUCCCCCUGUACGGCUGUCUGGCCUCUGUUCAGAGCUGUUGUUGUGCUGGUCACUUGUGGAGCUCUAAUAUGGACAAAUAAAAAUGGUACAAGUGG